UCCCUGCCCCGCACCAUGGCCCGGCCCGGCUGGCUGCGGCUGCUGCUGCUGCUGGCGCUGGCGGCGCGGCGGGGCGCGGGCGGCGGGUGCGGGCCCUGCCGGCCCGAGCGCUGCCCCCCGGCGCGCUGCCCGGCGCCCGAGCUGGCGGCGCGGGACGAGUGCGGCUGCUGCCCGCGCUGCCUGGGCGCCGAGGGCGAGCGCUGCGGCGGGCGGGGCGCCGGGGGCCCGCGGGGGCCCCGCUGCGGCCCGGGGCUGGUGUGCGUGAGCCAGGCGCGGGGCGCGGGGGCGCCCGAGGGCACCGGCCGCUGCGUGUGCAAGGAGGACGGGGCGGUGUGCGGCUCGGACGGGCGCUCCUACCCCAGCGCCUGCGCCCUGCCCCGGCGCCUCCGCAAGGCGCACGACGGCGAGUGCCGGCUGGCUCCUGUGAUUGUUGUACCACCAAAAAAGAUUCAUAAUAUAACUGGUGCCCAAGUGUACCUGUCCUGUGAAGUGAAGGCAGUUCCCACUCCCAUCAUCACAUGGAGAAAGGUCACAGAGUCACCCAAGGGAGUUAAACUCCUGGAAGAAUUGCCUGGAGACAGAGUAAACAUGGCAGUGCAAGUUCGUGGUGGUCCUUCUAAACAUGAGAGCACCGGGUGGGUUUUGAUUAACCCGCUGAUGAAGGAAGAUGAGGGUGUUUACCAAUGUCAUGCUACCAACAUGGUUGGAGAAACACAGGCAGAAGGGAAUAUUAAAGUCAGUGAGCAAAGUAAAAGUAAGAGGACUAACUUCCUAGAAUCAGAUGACAUGAUAUAACAGGGGAGAAGUGAUUCAAUCGUCACUCCAGGGAAACAAAGAUUGUCAAGCACAGGCUAAAAAUAAGUCCAUUAGUGGCUUCCUUUGCUAUUUCAUAUUAUAGAAUUAGGAAACUGCAUUAAUAUUCUUGUUAUGUGGUUAAUGACAUGUUUUUUUGUACAUUUUCCUAUUUAGAUCAAUUAGAUUAAUAUUAAAAAUCUGUAGUUUAUAACGGGAAUAAACGAGCAAUAAAACGUUUUUUUUAAACCAUUUAAAAGAUA